AUUAUGAAAGCACAAAAUGAAGAUAUUUUUCCUUUUUUUUCACCUUUUCAAUUAUCACCAUAUAUCUCUUAUUAUUACUCGUAGUAUAGAUUUAUUAGUGCUUAUAUUGUGUAUGAUUUAGAGAGAGUUUUCAAAGAAAUGGAGGUGGUACAGAGUAAAGAAUGGCACAUGGCAGCCUACGCUAGAGACGGUCUACCAUCGUCGGAUCAUCUUAAGCUCAGAACUGUGAGCUUAUCCUUAGCCGUCGAUUCCAUCCCCGAAAAUCAUGUUGCUAUUCAGAGCCUUUGGAUCUCAGUUGAUCCAUAUUUGCGCUCAAGAAUGACUGGUGUCGAAGAGGAUGGUCUUAAUGUGUCCCAGUAUCCCAUUAACCAGGUUAUUGUAUCAUAUGGAGUAGGGAAGAUAAUUAGAUCAAAAGAUGCCAAAUAUAAGGAGGGUGACUUGGUGGUCUGCUCAGAAAUGCCAGUUGCUGAGUAUAGUGUAAUACCCUCUCAAGCUGUGACUACUAAAAUUGAUCCUGCCUUAGGGGUCAGCCCUUCGGAGUAUCUCAAUGUGCUUGGAAUACCAGGACUGGCAGCAUGGGUAGGAAUACAAGUAAUAGGGAAGCCAAAGGCAGGGGAGAAUGUGUUCAUUUCUGCCGCGGCUGGAGGUGUUGGGAUGAUUGCUGGUCAAUUGGCUAAAAUCAAAGGUUGUCGCGUCAUUGGUAGCACUGGAUCUGAUGACAAGGUGAGAUUAUUGAAGGAAGAAUUUGGAUUUGAUGAUGCAUUCAACUACAAGAAAGAAACAGAUCUUGAUGCUGCCUUAAGCAAGUACUUCCCUAAUGGAAUUGAUAUAUACUUCGAGAAUGUGGGAGGCAGAACUCUUGAGGCUGUUCUCAAUCAUGUUAAUACAUAUGCGCGUAUUCCACUUUGCGGAAUGAUUUCCCAAUACAAUAAGGUUUGGACAGAAAGGGAAGGAGUGAGAAAUCUAUUGAAUAUGGUGGGAAAGGAAGUUCACAUGCAAGGCUUCAUGUUACGGUCAUAUUUUCAUCAAUUUGGGGAAUUUGCAACAGAAGUGGGUGGAUAUUUGAAGGAACAAAAACUAAGCUCAAAACUUAAAAUUAACAAGGGUAUUGAAAGCUUUUUAGAUAGCAUGGCUUCACUUUUUUACCAGUUCCAAUGCUGGUAAGGUUGUCAUUCAAGUUUAAGUCAUAACAAGUCUAAAUGCUCUUUCUAUUGUGUGAUUUCAUGUUACAUUAAAUUGUGUUUGAGCAAACAAUAACUUGGUGCAUGGUGCAUUGUGCAUUCGUGCAAACGUCUGCCUUAGAGCUCUUUUUUUUUUUUUUUUUUUUUUGGCCAUGUUUGGUUUGUUGUUGUUUAUUGUGUAUAUUCUCGUAGUCGACCUUAGUAGGCUUACUUUGAUUGCGAGUAUUUUUUUAGGAACUUAUUUUUACUGAAUGUGAGUAAUUUUUUUUUAAAGUGAAGUGAAAAA